UCAUCGGGUAGCAACGGAGAGACGCGGCGUGCGGGCGGUCUAGCCGGAGCGCCCACCCGAGGCCGGAGCGAAGUCGGCAGCCUGAGAGCCUGCUCGAAGCCGCAAACUAAGCGAGAAGGCCGGGACACGAACGGAGGCCGAGGCGAGCGAGCGGUUCUGUUUGCGUGAAGUUGGGCCUGUGCAACUCGGGCCCCGAUUACUAAGCGGGCUGCAAACAGUUCAGCACCGCUCUGGGUGAUAACCAUGCUUGUUCCAGUAUUCAGCCUCAAGCUGAACCACAGAAUUAACCCUCGAAUGGUGUCUGUUGGAAAAUAUGAUGGUAUACAUCCCUGUCUGACUGCAGCAACGCAGGCUGGAAAGGUCUUUAUACACAACCCACAUAUUCGUAGCCAGCGUGUUGUAGCUAACCAUUUAUUACAAGGUGGCCUGGAUUCUGAUACCUACCUUCUAAAUAUAAACCAGAAUGUCAGCUGUCUAACUGCAGGAGUACUUAAUCCCACACUUGGCUAUGACUCUUUGCUCGUAGGCACACAGACUAAUCUACUGGCCUAUGAUGUACAUAACAACACUGAUGUUUUCUAUAAGGAGGUGGCAGAUGGAGCCAAUGCAGUAGUGCUGGGGCAGCUGGGGGACAUACCCUCUCCACUGGCAAUUAUUGGAGGGAACUGUACACUCCAAGGUUUCGAUCAGGAAGGAAAUGAUCUUUUCUGGACGGUCACUGGGGAUAAUGUACGAUCGCUGGCUCUCUGUGAUUUUGAUGGUGACGGGAAGAAGGAGCUUCUGGCUGGCUCAGAAGACUUUGACAUCAGAGUUUUCAAAGAUGAUGAAAUUAUGGCAGAAAUGUCAGAGACAGAAGUUAUCACAGCACUGUGUCACAUGCGUGGAAGUCGAUUUGGAUAUGCCCUGGCAAAUGGCACAGUAGGAGUGUAUGAUCAAGCUACACGCUACUGGAGAAUUAAGUCUAAAAAUCAUGCCAUGAGCAUUCAUGCUUUUGACUUGAACUCGGAUGGUGUUUGUGAGUUGAUCACAGGCUGGUCAAAUGGGAAGAUUGAUGCACGCAGUGACCGUACUGGUGAAGUCAUCUUUAAAGAUAACUUUAGCUCCUCUAUUGCUGGAAUUGUGGAGGAAGAUUACAGGAUGGAUGGACAGACACAGCUAAUCUGCUGCUCAACAGAAGGAGAAGUUCGAGGCUACCUGCCUGCCAGCCGGGAGAUGAAAGGAAAUCUGAUGGACAGCAAUGCAGAACAAGAUUUAAUUCGUGAACUGAGCCAACGCAAACAGAAUCUAUUGCUUGAGCUGCGUAACUAUGAGGAAAAUUCAAAGAUUGCCUUGAAUGCCCUUGGAGGGGAAGGGGAUGGACAGAUGGGCAUCAUUCCAGCCAAUACACAACUGCAGACAAGCCUGUCUGUUAACUUGGGCACUAACAACCAGAGUCCACAUGUGGAGCUGAACAUUUCUACAUUCAAUGACACAAUCAUUCGGGCUGUACUUAUCUUCGCCGAGGGUAUAUUUAAUGGAGAGUCUCAUGUCGUUCAUCCCAGUGCACACAAUCUCUCUGGACAUAUCCAGGUUCCCAUUGUUCCACCAAAAGAUGUACAAGUGGAUCUACACAUCAAGGCUUUUGUGGGCUACAGAAACAGCAUGCAGUUUCAUGUGUUUGAACUGACAAGACAGCUGCCACGAUUUUCAAUGUAUGCACAAUGCACUCCCGGAACUGGUGCUGAACCUCAGAGUUAUGUCACCUUCACAAUCAGUGAUCGUAUGCAGAGGGUUGUGAUGUGGAUAAAUCAGAACUUCCUCUUACCUGAAGAUAUUGAGUGCCCAUCUGCACCAUUGGAAGUCUGCUUCAUAUCCCUGAGAGACGGUGGGAAGCUGAUUAUUAAAAUGAAUAUUAAUGGAGAGGUUGCCAUUAGAACAGAAGACAUUGACCUUGCUGGUGAAAUAAUCCAGUCCUUGACGUCAUUUCUAGCUAUUGAAGACCUCCAAGUAGAAGCAGACUUCCCUGCCUACUUUGAAGAACUGCGCCAAGUGCUUGUCCAGGUGGAUGGUUAUCAUUCCGUGCAUCAAAAACUCACUGCUGAGAUGGCCGAUCACUCUAACCUGGUCCGUAGCUUGUUGAUUCGGGCAGAAGAUGCACGUUUAAUGGGUGACAUGACGAACAUGAAGAAGGGAUACAUGGAACUAAAUGACUUAAAUCGAGAUUUGAUAAAUGGUUACAAGAUUCGCUGUAACAAUCACACAGAGCUUCUAAGCUGUCUACGAGCAGUAAAUCAGGCGAUCCAGAGGGCUGGACACCUACGAGUUGGGAAGCCCAAGACCCAGGUGGUCUCUGCAUGCAGAGAUGCCAUAAAAAAUAAUAAUGUCAAUGCACUUUUCAAAAUCAUUCGUGCUGGUAGCACCUUAUCCUGAAAAGGUCAGAAGCCAAUGACCAAGCAGACAGAAGAGCAAGAGUUCGUUCAUGAAGAGGAACAACACAGAGGCCACACAAAUGUGCUGAAUUGAGCGUGUAUCAUCUCUGAGCCAGCGUGGGCAGAUCCAGCUGGAUGUCCAGGAUUGUCCAUAGUUUCAGAUAUCACUAGAUCAGUGAGCAAAGUAUGUAAGUGAACUGUCUCAAAAGAGUACUAAGAUUUAAGAUGUAUCACUAAAUGUAGAUUUACUUUGUACAUCUUUUACCACUAAUGAGCUAACUGCGGAUAAAUCAAGAGUAGAGGACUCCUGUGAUCAGUGUCAGUGGACCAGCUUUUAACCUAAAAAUUCUAGCUAAGUAUGACCUUUAUGUUAUAUGCUUCUGAAACAGUAGAUGGCAACACUGAUAUACAGCUCUUGUGAAGAUGAAGUAUAUUGCUUUUCAGGAAGAAAUUAUAUUGAUAGAGUUACAAAACAUCAGAUCUUUCCAGAAUUACUGAAGUUAGUCAUUUUGUUUCUGAAUUAGUCAUAUUCUUUGUACAAACUCUUUGAAGCAUUUUGAAUUGAAGUAAACUAAUACUACGAGUAUUUUGUAUUGGCCUGCAGAAUCCCAAAUACCAUACCUUAAACCUCCUUUACAGAAAUUCUCAUAAUUCAAAUCGAUUAGUGUUGAUUUCGGUAUGUCCAACAUUCACCUGUAAUUUCAAUGGUCUUGCCCAUCAGCUAAAAUACUCCUCUAUUCCAUGAUGCUUUUUGAAUUCUCCCAGGCCAUUAACCUAUUGCAUUAUAUUACCCUUUAACAGCCCAUAUUUAUCUGAACUUGUUAAUUUAUAACAAAUUCCUGGAUCAACCGAGCUUCCUCACUAUAUUCCUACCUAAUUUUAACUGCCCUCUUUAGUUUUGAUCCCUGUCAAAGGAAGGACUUGAUUUGGAGAUAAUUCCCCAGAAUGAAAGAACUUACUUGUGUGGUAUGACCAUGUAGGAUGUUUAGGAUGGACCCUUAUUUGUACUUUUCAUUUUUUUCAACCUGUAUAUUUUAAGAAGAUUUGACAAUAGAUAUUGAGAAGUUGAAUGUCUGUCUUGAGAAUCUAGCUGUCAGGGUUAUAAACACACAAUUUUGGAUUUCUUAUUUAGAACUGAGAUGAGGAAAAAUGCCUGCACAUGAAAAGUUGUGAAUAUUUGGCCACUUGAAUGACAUCAAUAAUUAUGAAAAAUGAAAGGAAAUUCAAGUUGCUGUCAAGGAUCACUGAUGAUCUUAUGGCAUGGAGAAGCAGGGGCCAAAUGGCCAACAAGCAUUCCUAGAUCUUAACAGGGCAGCUGAAUACACGUCAUUUUAUUGUUACUUUGCAGUUUUGUAAAUAUUAUCUUGUACUAAAUUAUAAUUAAAGACUUUGAAGGAAUGAAUUGCAUUGUAGGAGGACUUCAAAUUCAAGUGACCUAAUUUUCUGUCUCCUGUUAAUUUGUUCCCUAAAUAUUUAGCACUGAGGUUCAAGAAGGAAUGACUGAAGAAUUUGCCCCUCUUCCCCUCACUAGUUAAUAAUAUACUUAUAAUGCAGAUAAUUAUCUGCUCAACCUUAAACUACAAUGGGUAUUUCCCUCAAUGUAUUUACAGCUUGUCUAAUAGUGAACAUGAGGUAAAAGUCUCAAGUCUUUGCCUGCUAUUAUGGUGCCACAUAGAAGUAAUUGGGGUAACAGACUUUGCAUUUAAGAUUGGCACAACACAUUCAUCAUGUUGAAACUAAAACACUAUAAACUUGAAUAUUACUUUAGGAAUAGCUAGCAUCAAGGUCAAGGGCAGGAGGAGAACUUGUUGCCACCCAUUUUAGAAUUGAGGGAGGACUCCACAUUUGGUUGAUCAAGCAGCUCAGAAGAUAAAUGAGGUGUCAUGGUACCAUUGUUGUUAGCACUCGAUUCACAAUGCCAGCCAGUAGGUCAAUUCCUGCGGCUGCCUGUAAGGAGAUUAUACAUUCUGCCUGUGAUCACAUGGGUUUCCACUGUGUGCUCCAAUUUCCUCCCACAAUCCAAAGACAUAUGUUACGGUUAGUGAAUUGUGGGCAUACUAUGUUGGCUCCAAAAGCAUGGAAACACCUGCAGGUUGCCCAGCACAAUACUUACUGAUUUGAUUUGAUGCAAACAACACAUUUCACUGUAUGUUUUGAUAUGUGUGAUAAAUAAAGUUAAUCUUAGAAUUGGACUGUGUAAGAGGUAUAAACAUGCGUGAGGGUUUAAUCAAUUAAUCAAGAAUUGAGAGCUAAUAUAAAGGUAAUGGGCAGAUAUUAGUAAUGUUUAAAGUUUGUGGAAGGUGAACUUGGGAGGCUGCAGAUAAAAUAUGGAAAAUAGGAUUGUAAAUGAUUAAGAGUCUAGGCUGCACCAAGCAAAACAGUCCUAGAUAAAGAAUAAUAUAAAGAUAAAAGUAAUCAUGGCUAGAUACAUUUGUAAUUUAACUCUUAGUCAAGCAGUGGUCAAUAAUGUUAUGUAUAGCUUCUACUGUAGAGUUUGUGGCUGUGCUAUUGCCAUAUCUGGGUCUCCUGUUCUCAAUUCAUAAGCUCAAGUUCGCCAAUAACCCAUGCUGAUACUUUAGUGAAGUUCUGAGGAGCAGUUUAAACCUCUGGAUUAAUCCAAGACCAUGUUUCCAUGACAGAUGGACUGAAGAUGCCCUGGCACAAUUUAAAUGAAGAGCAAGGGUAUUCUUAUUUCCCAAUGUUUAUCCCUCAACAGAUUUGCACAAGAAUACCUAUUACUUCAAAUUACAAAGGAGAGAACUGUUCAUACUCAAAGGCACCAGCUUGCUAGGAAGGUGCUUUGGAACAUUAUCCAUACAGGGAAGGCAAUUUAUAAAUAGGCUAAAGUCAAAGAUUUUCUUGUCUAUAAGACCAUUGGAGCAGAAUUAUGCUAUUUAGCCCACUGCAUCUGCUCUGCCAUUGAUCAGGGCUCAACCCCAUAAUCUUUGAUACCCUUACUAACCCUCAUAUUUGAAUACUUAAGCUUAAUGAAGACCAAUACUUCAAUUAUGGGAUGAACAUUCAAUAGUCUGUAUCUAGACAACCUUUGAGAUGACUUAGGGCCAACUGAUGAAUUAAAAAAACUUUGAGUUAACCCUAAAACUAAUCAGCAGACCCAGGGUUAAGUUAUUUAUACAUGAACAAUGGAGAAACAUUUUGCUAAAAAUAGCAUUCAUCGUAAGUAAUUUUGUGCAAUACUAUUCCUUCUGGCUUUUUUUUUUGAAAGAUUAACCGGAUUCUUCAUAUGACAAAGACAGUUCGGUGGGGAAAGAAGUCAUGGGAGUUGUAAGAUACUUCGCAUGUUCAGUAGUAGUGAUUAUGGCACAUUGCAUCAUUGAGCGCUUCAAACCCGUGACUUUUACAUCAUCACAUAAAAUGUCAAGGUGCCAUCAGACUCUCUGCGACACUCAUUAUACAGUAUGUCACAAUAUAAUUUUUACAGGGUCGUUUUAAUGGAAGUUUGCAGUUAGUCAUAGAGCAUGAAACUAGCCUGCACUGACCAUCAAACAUCCAUUUUAUUCUUUCCACAUUCCUAUCAGUUUUCUCAAAACACUAACACACCCGGGGUAAAUGUGCAAUGAUCAAUUAACCUAAUGACCUGCCUGUCUUUAGGAUAUGGGAGAAACCAAAGUACAUGGAAA